GGUGCGGGGAGUGGUACUGGGUGGGGUCUUGAUGCAGCCUCUGUCAUGUGCUUCUAUACUGCAAUGCAACUCCCUGCCCCUCCCUUUGAUUCUAUCCUGAAUGAGCAGGGUGCCAGCAGCAUCAGCAGCACAGGGCUCCCAGCAGGGAUAACAUGGCCGGCUCAGCUUCUAUCUGCAAUCCGCUUAUGCCCUUCCAGAGCGCAAUACCGGGGGGACUGAGUGAAGGGAAGACACUGACUAUUGAGGGGCUGGUACAUAACGACUGUAAAAGAUUUGCUGUGAAUUUUAUUUGCUUCAACAACGAUGUUGCGUUUCACUUUAACCCCCGGUUCGACAAAGACAACAUUGCCUGCAACACCAAGCUGAGCAACCAAUGGGGCCUAGAGGAACGGACGGAUCACAUGCUCUUCGGUCACAACGAGGCCUUUGAGAUAACCAUAACUGUGCUGAGAAGCGCCUUUAAGGUGUCAGUGAAUGGAGACCAUAUCUUGGAAUACCGCCAUCGUAUCUCCUACCAAGGCAUCCAGUCCCUCCAGCUCAAUGGAGACAUCACUCUGAACAAGGUCACCUUCUCUGAUCCACCAAGCCAAAUUUCGACGGCCCCAGAAAAACAACUUUCAGUGGCCCCAAACUAUAGCAUUCCUUUCCAGAGCGCAAUACCUGGGAGAAUUAGUGACGGCAAAACGGUGACUAUUGAGGGGCUGGUACACAGCGACUGUAACAGGUUCACCGUGAAUUUUCUUUGCUUCAACAAUGAUACUGCCUUUCACUUUAACCCCCGGUUUGAUGAAGACAAUACCAUUGUGUGUAACACAAAGCUGGACAACAAGUGGGGCUCGGUGGAACGGACACAACUCAUGCCCUUCGAGAAGGACGACUCCUUUGAGAUAAUCAUAAUUAUAAUGGAACACGUCUUUCAGGUCUCAGUGAAUAGAAAGCGUAUCUUGGAAUACCACCAUCGUGUUUCUUACCAAGGCAUCCAGUCAGUCCUUGUCAAGGGUGAUAUUACUCUUCUUAACGUUACCUUCUCGGAACCCCCGGCCCAAGAGUCACCGGUGCUGUCGCCAUAUUCAGUCACCCCAAGUCAUCUCAAGCCCUUCCAGUGUGCCAUACUUGGGGGCAUUAGUGAUGGCAAGACAGUGACUAUUGAGGGGCUGGUACACAGCGGCUGUAAAAGGUUUGCUGUGAAUUUUCUUUGCUUCAACAAUGAUAUCGCCUUUUACUUUAACCCCCGGCUUGACGAUGGCAAUGUUAUUGUAUGUAACACAAAGCUGGGCGACAAGUGGGGCAAAGUAGUACGGAUCCCUAACAUGCCCUUCAGCGAGGAGGAGCCCUUUCAGAUAGCCAUAACCGUACUGGAGCAUAUGUUUGAGGUGUCAGUGAAUGGAGACAAUGUCUUGGAAUACCGUCACCGUGUCUCUUACCAAGCCAUCAAGUCUCUGUAUAUCAAUGGGGAUGUUACUCUUACCAACGUUACCUUCUCUGAGCCAUGAGUAAAGCCACACAUGUCCGGAUAUUUUGGCUGUAACCAAAGCAGCAGAUACCUGGGAGCACUGGAGAAGAUGGAGGUGGUGGUGCAACUCUACAAGUACCUUGGGCCAGUAAGGUUUUUACAGAAAAGCAGUUCAGACCUGGGGUUGCCUAACUCAUUUGCACCAGUGAUUUUCAUUUCCUUCUUUUAUUGUUAUGGUGCCCAGAAGGCUAAGCAAACCUGAUUAAGUAUAUAAAUAAAGCUGUAGUGCAUGUUUAUCCCCACUAUUAAGUCUGCAAUGGACCCAAUGUGCCAGGCUUCUUGCCCUGACCAAUAAAGCUGCUUUUCAUCUUA